UCAGCUCAGAAAGGCUCUCUUCUUUUUUGGUCCACUCUCCUCUCCUCCUGUCUCUGUCCCCUCACCUUUUUCUCUCUUCUGUCUCUCCUCUCACCUGUAACCUGGGCCUGAGAGCUGAAGGUGUGGCUCCUCUCACUGUGUUAGCUUAGCCAGCCUUCAUCCCUGAACCUUCUCAUCAAACACGGUCAGGUCACGAUCGAGCACGGCCAGGCCACGGUUAAAUACGGUCUUUCUGCGUGUGGUGGAAGGUGUUCAUAUUGCGGUGAACCUGACAGCAUGAAGAAGGUGUACAGCAUGUUCAACCUGAACAAAACCAAGGAAGAGGAGGCAGUUCAGUCCAUCUGUAUCAAGCAAAUCCAGUUUGCUGAUCAGAAGCAGGAUUUUAACAAGCGUCUCAAUAAGGCCGGUCGUCGCUCCCUGUACCAUUCUCUCUACCAGUCCUCCACAGAUAACUACAGCUCAGCUGCGUCGUACACAGACUGUUCAGAGGAUGUGAAGUCUCCUAGAGACAGGCAGCAGAGGAGCUCUAAGGGACAUCAAGACUUCUGCAUCAAGAACAUCAGACAGGCCGACUUCGGACGCAGGGAGAUAGAGAUCGCUGAGCAAGAGAUGCCAGCUCUGAUGGCCCUGAGAAAGAGAGCAGAGGGAGAGAAGCCGCUGGCUGGAGCUAAAGUAGUGGGCUGCACUCACAUCACCGCUCACACAGCCGUGUUGAUGGAGACUCUGUCUGCGUUGGGGGCUCAGUGUCGCUGGGCAGCCUGUAACAUCUACUCCACCCAGAACGCUGCAGCUGCAGCUCUGGCUGAGGGAGGCUUCCCUGUGUUUGCGUGGAAGGGGGAGUCGGAGGACGACUUCUGGUGGUGUAUUGACCGCUGUGUCAGCCUGGAGGCCUGGCAGCCCAAUUUGAUCCUGGAUGAUGGGGGAGACCUGACCCACUGGAUCUAUAAGAAAUACCCCAACAUAUUCAAGAUGAUCAAGGGCAUCGUGGAGGAGAGUGUCACAGGAGUUCACAGGCUGUACCAGCUGUCCAAGGCAGGGAGGCUGUGUGUUGCUGCUAUGAACGUCAAUGACUCAGUCACCAAACAGAAGUUUGACAACCUCUACUGCUGCAGGGAAUCCAUACUGGAUGGGUUGAAAUGGUUGACCGGUGUGAUGUUUGGGGGAAAGCAGGUGGUGGUGUGUGGUUAUGGAGAGGUUGGUAAAGGUUGCUCUGCCGCUCUGAAGGCCAUGGGCUCAAUAGUGUACAUCACAGAGGUGGACCCCAUAUGUGCCCUGCAGGCCUGCAUGGACUGCUUCAGACUGGUCAAGCUCAAUGAGGUCAUCAGACAGGUGGACAUGGUCAUCACCUGCACGGGCAACAAGAAUGUGGUGGGAAGAGAGUGUCUGGACAGAAUGAAGAACGGCUGUAUCGUUUGUAACAUGGGUCACUCCAACACUGAGAUAGACGUGGUGAGUCUGCGGAGCCCAGAGUUGACCUGGGAGAGAGUGAGGUCACAGGUGGACCAUGUCAUCUGGCCAGAUGGCAAGAGAAUUAUCUUACUGGCUGAGGGUCGUCUGUUGAACCUGAGCUGCUCCACGAUACCCACCUUCAUCCUCUCCAUCACCGCCACCACACAGGCGCUGGCUCUGAUUGAGCUGUACAAUGCCCCAGAGGGACGAUACAAUAAAGACGUCUACCUCCUGCCAAAGAAGAUGGAUGAGUUUGUGGCCGGACUCCACCUGCCAACGUUUGACGCCCACCUCACAGAGCUGACUGAUGAGCAGGCCAAAUACCUGGGCCUCACUAAGAAAGGACCCUUCAAACCAAACUACUACAGGUACUAAUCCAUGGAAGUGAAGACCAAAGAUACACCAGAGCACCACAAACACAUGUGUGGCUCAGAGGGAGGGAGGACCAGGGAGACCUGGCUCAGAUUUGUGUUUGUGGGGCAACUAUAGCCCAGCGCUGAUGUGUAACACCCCAACCAUGAUGGUCUGACUGACCUUUAACCCCUGACCCCUGCUGAGCCAUCUGACCCAUAUAGAUAGAGGACUCUAGUGCCCAGAAGCCUGGGUUUGGAGGAGGUGUACGUGAACUUGUAAUAGAGAAACACAGAUUAUCAACUUUUCUAUAGAUUUUAAUCUUACUUUCAGUUACAAAUCUUUCAAAAGAUAUCUAAAUAAUGUUUCAACUUUCUGAAUGUAAACAAAAGCAGAUAAGCAAUAACCAAAAGGUAAAAGAUUAAUACAAUUUUAAUUUUACAUUUUUUUAUUGUAUUUUUUCAAAGAUAAAGUUGUGACCCACCUGCUAGUCAGUCUCAUAAACUCCUCUCCUCAGACAAACAGCUGGUGUUUGUGUCUCUGUAGUUCUAACUAUGCCCACCUGGUGGUGCAAUGACGCCCCGCCAUUACUUAAGCACGUCAUCCCUAAUUAAGGUGCCAUCGGCCGC